AUGUUGUGGUGGUGUGAGGCGCCUUUCCUCGUAAGAAAGUGGGUGAGGAUGUACCGAAGGCUCCUCCCCGGUCCCCCACGCCCGCGCUGCAUGGCGGCGCCGAUGCCGCUCAGUACUUCACGGGCACCCAAAAGCACCGCUGGUAGAGUCCAGGUGCAUGUCAAGAAGCGAGACGGCACACACUGUGACGUGGAGGUGCCGGUCGGCCUCUCGCUCAUGCAGGCCCUCCGUGACGUCGCGAGACUCGAUGUGGAGGGCACCUGCAACGGGGAAAUGGUCUGUGCCACCUGUCAUGUGAGACUCUCGGCGACAUCCUUCAAAAGGGUCGCAGGGCCCUCCGAGGAGGAAGAGGACGUUUUGGCCAAGGCGCUCGACGUGAAGGAGACGUCCAGACUGGCGUGCCAGGUAGAUCUGACCCCGGAGGUGGAUGGGCUGGAGGUGGAACUUCCGCCAUACGACAAUGGCCGCUACUAG